AAAGAUCGUGCCGUUUCAGUGGCGCGUCCGGUUCAAAUCCGUUCCCGCCAUUUCUGGAUUCGGAGGCGCAGUUUUUGAAGUUUAUAACCAGAACAGUGAGGAGUCAGAAAUAGAGAACUUAGUGUUAAAAAAUGUGCCAAACUUGCUGAACUAAUUAAAUAAGGGAACUCAAUCGAUGUAAAUGUGCUUCAAUUUUAUUACAUAACGUGUCUCUCGGGCGUUUUUUUGAUAUCUCUGUGAACAUUUAUUUCGUGCUACAGGAACUGACAAAAUGUGGUGUUUCUAUUCAACGUUGAUUAUAUUCCCUGCUGUUCUAUUUCAAGGAUUCCUGCAGGCCAACAUCAAAGUUGACCCCGCCACAUUGCCAACAUUCCUUACGUCCAGUCAAGUGUUUAAGGUCACAGACAAGGACACUGUGGUUUUGCCGUGCGAAGUAUCCAACCCGGGUCCCUACGUGCUGGUGUGGAAGAAGGGCAUCGCCGUGCUGUCGGCGGGAAACGUGAAGGUAUCUCCCGACCCCCGCAUCAACCUGGUGCACGGCUACAGCCUGGAGAUCAAGGAGGCCGGUCCCCAGGACGCGGGCGACUACGUCUGCCAGAUCGGGACGCUGGAGCCGAGAGAAAUCACGCACACCGUCGAAAUACUGGUGCCCCCUCGGAUACACUACGUUUCAUCGAACGGCCGCGUGGAAGUGAAAAAGGGUUCUUCCGUGAGGCUGGAGUGCAAAGCCUCCGGAAACCCCGUUCCGAAAAUUACGUGGUCUAGAAAGAAUAAUCUCUUGCCGGAUGGUGUUCAAACUGCAGUCACACCAGUGCUCACUCUGGAGAGGGUUGACAGGCACCAGGCUGGGGUCUAUCAGUGUAUGGCAAGCAACGGAGUAGGGGAGGAUGUCACCGAGCAGAUUGUUCUUCAUGUGUUAUAUCCUCCUGAAAUAUCCGUGGAACGACCAGUGGUACAUUCGGCCGAAGGAUUUGAGGCUCAACUGGUGUGUAUCGUCCAUGGUGAAAGUCAACCUGAGGUUCUGUGGUAUAGAGACACAAUGCAGCUGGACACGACGGAGAGAAGAAUAAUGGAGUCGCGGGGAUCACGUCACACUCUCGUGAUACGUAAAGUACAUAGAUCGGACUUUGGAAAUUACACUUGCGUGGCCGACAAUCAGCUGGGAAAAACAAGGAAAAGCGUUCAAUUAACCGGAAAGCCGAAUCCGGCCAAAUUUAAUAGCGCCUCUAGGGGAAGUUGGAAGGACAGUUACAACAUCAGCUGGGCAGUCGAGUCUCUUAGUCCCAUCGAAGAAUAUAAACUGCUUUUUAGGAGAUUGCCCGACACUAAUUCGGAAGAUGGCCACCCGCAACCCCUUCACCAUCAGAGUCAGAGGAAAUUUGUUCCGGGACGCGAAAAUAAGACAUACGCCGCCGUUGGCUACAGCGUAGGAUACGGUUAUGGGCGUCAGUUCAUAGACAGGCGAACAGAUUGGAGGGAUGUAAUAUUGCCCGCUUCGCCUUCUCAAUCUCCUGGAGUUCAAUCUAUGAGCUACGUAAUUCGAGGAUUAGAAGCGGGGCAAAAUUACGAAGCCAAAGUUCAAGCCAGGAACAAAUUUGGCUGGAGUCCUAUUUCCGAAGCGUUCACGUUCCAGACAACAGAUACAGACAUGACCUACCCUGAGAGACCCCAAUCACCCAGGCAUGUUUAUAAUGAGCAUGACGUUCAAGAUAUUCUAGGCAUCAGAACAUACAGCAAAGCAUCAGUGCCGGUGUCUAGCAUAACACUCCCCAUCUGCAUACUUUACAGCUUUCUGAAGAACCUUUCCUAAACUCUAUGUGCCCUUAGUUACCAUUUAAAAAGUAUAUUUUCCUUACAUAAAUAUUAAUAUAGAUUCACUGAUAGGAUACACACCAAAUAUUAUUUUUAAAACGCAUAACAAGGUUAAUAAA